AUGGCUGUGGAUUUCGUACUUUACUAUUACACGCCCUCAGCGGCUGCAGCGGCCAUCUUCAUUGUCCUCUUUGGACUGAGCUCUUUGUUGCAUUUUUGGCAGCUUAUUCGAACCCGAACAUGGUUCAUGAUUCCAUUUUUGAUUGGAGGAAUCCUCGAGACAAUUGGUUACGUCGGCCGUAUACUCUCCUCCUUUCAAGCGCCGAAUUUCAGCACGGGUGCAUAUACCAUCCAAUCCGCCUUGAUUCUCAUCGCCCCUGCCUUCCUCGCCGCUAGUAUCUACAUGACACUUGGACGUAUCAUUGAAAUGCUUGAUGGGGAGCGUUGCUCUAUGAUCAAGCUUAAAUGGUUGACUAAGAUCUUCGUCUUUGGAGAUGUCCUCUCUUUCCUCAUGCAAGCAUCUGGUGCGGGUCUCAUGGUCGCAAGCUCGAAUAGUCCAUCAACAGGCGAGCAUGUCAUUAUUGGUGGUCUCUUCGUACAGAUUAUCUUCUUUGGAUUCUUCACCCUUUCUGCGGUCAUUUUCCAAAAACGUAUUAACCGAUACCCGACCGGCCGAUCAACCGAGUUGAGAAGUGUCUGGCAUCGUCAUCUGUUUGCUCUCUACUCUGCGAGUAUUCUCAUCUUGAUCCGUUCGGUGGUUCGAGUUGUGGAGUACAUUCAAGGAUAUGACGGGUUCCUUAUGAAGCAUGAAGUUUUCAUCUACAUGUUUGAUGCAUUCAUGAUGUUCCUGGUCAUGGCUUUCCUUCAGUACAUCCAUCCCAGUGAGAUCAACUGCUUUUUGGGUCGGGGAGAGUACUACAGUGAGAAGGUGAUCAAGACUCAAAAAUUCGCGCCUCGGAAUGUGCCUGAAACCCGCCAAGAGAGAGUAUAG